GAUUUUCAAUUAUUACUUAUUCGUUAUGAUAUGAUAGCAUUAGAAGAUCUUAUGGUUCUAUUAAUUGUUAGUAAAUUAGCUAAACCUAAUGAAAUUAAAUCUUAUGCCAAAACAAUAUUCCGUCUUAAUUUAUUAAUUAUGAUCGAUUUUAAUAAUCAUGAUAUGAAAUUUUUACGUGAUUUAAAACUUUUAAGUGAUAUAUGGUAUAAAAGAUAUUUAUUAUCACAAACAAAUGAAACAGAUCGAUGUGUUUCAGAAAUAAUUGAUGAAGAACAAGAACAAGAAGAUCAAAAUCAACAUAAAUUUCAUUCGGCAAUAGAUGAAGAUUUUGAUUUAGAUGCAUAUAAUGAAUUAUUCAAAACUAAAGAAUUACAA